AUGGGGAGCUCUGUCAGACGAAGGUCCGUCUUCCACGAAGUCGGCCUCGACGACUUCCACCCGCAAUCGAUCCCUUCUUCGCGGAGCUCCAGUUCGGGAUCGGCCUCGUCCCGGCGUAAACGCCCUUCCCGAGGCGUUCGCUUCCGGAGCAAAGACGACGUGAAGGUUGUCGAACGAUACGAAGAUGCCAUAACGCCAAGCCAGAGUCACGGGACGCAUCCUCUGCAAUCAUCACCUCCCACCACGCUGGCAUACACAGAGUCUCCACUACCGCCCAAGAAGUCCAUCAUGUAUCGUUUUGCCGCGAUGGCUCUUCUGGCUGUGGCCACACUUCCUUUCUUACAUAAUCCUCCUCUGCUGGGCCAUGCAUCGCUCCCGCUGCAACCGGUCAGUGGAGGACCCAUACCUGAGAGAGGUGCAGAAUACCAAGAAAAGGCACUGGCACGAAGAGCAGACAGCCCCACCGAUCUUUGUUUUCGAUGGGCACAGCAAUGUACGUACCCAGGAACGGACCAUUGUCAGUUCGUACUGACCUUCUGGUAGCUGCCAUCGUGAACGGCACACUCUACCUGUAUGGGGGAGAAGCGACCACCCAACCUAGCCAGUCGCAGGACACAUGGAACAACAACUUUCUAUCCUUGGACCUCACCAAGACGUGGCAAAUCGCUACCCCUUCGUUGACUGGUCUGCCGCAGCCAUCUGGCCCACCUAAUGUUAGUCUCGGCUAUCUCUGGAACUCGCACGAUUCGCUAUUUCUGUACGGAGGAGAGUUCAGCUGGAAACCAGUCCAGUCACCGACAGCCUUCUCCCUUUGGGAGUUCAACGUUGCCAACUCCCAAUGGGUCGAGCACAGCAAUCCAGUGACGUCGAGCGGCACCAACGCACCGAGCAGCAGCCAAGCCGUGCAGCGCUCAGCAGAAGGCGCGGGCGUCACCGUUCCUUCUCUUGGUCGAGGCUUCUACUUUGGCGGACACCAGGAUGGCUACACGACUCAAGGCUGGUCGCAAAGCAUACCAAGGAUUUACCUCCAAUCGCUGCUCGAGUUCACCUUCCCCGGCUAUACCAAUGAAGGAGUCAGCUCUCUCUCGGACAACAAGAAAGCUGGCAGCGAUGGAGUCUUUCGCAACAUCACCCAGGGCGGGCUCCAAUCUUCGGCCGGCUUCACACAACGUGCGGAUGGCCUGCUCAUCUACGUUCCAGGAUUUGGUGACGAUGGCAUAUUGCUUGCGCUCGCCGGCGGGACAAACGAGGUACGAUAUUGAAUGGCAGAAGCCAUCCCCAAAGCCUGUCUCAUGUCUGAGCCAUGAGCAGGCUUCCCAACCUCGUGUUUUACUUCGCCAUGUCCGAGACACCAGCUGACCUUCCACCCUUCUAUAUGCUAGACCUUCACGCAGAUGAACAACAUCGACGUCUACGACAUCGCAAACAGCACCUGGUACAAGCAGGCCACGUCCGGGUCGACGCCGGAGAUUCGCGUGAAUCCUUGCGCUGUUAUCGCUGCCGCACCGGAUGGCAGCUCUUACAACAUCUACAUGUUCGGUGGACAGAACUUGAUCCCUGCCGGAAACCAAACACAAUACAAUGACGUGUGGAUCUUGACCUUGCCUUCUUUCACCUGGAUCAAAGUCGAUCAGAGUGGUCAGAGCGUUCCCUACGGAAGGAGUGGCCAUACGUGUAACAUCUGGGAUGGCCAGAUGGUCGUGGUGGGAGGCUACACUGGUGAUCAGUCGCUAAGUUGCGACAGCCCUGGAAUCUACGUCUACGAUCUCAGUGCGCUAGAGUGGGUCAAUCAGUUUACGGCUUCUUCUCCUGGGACCGACGACGGCUCCUCCUCGAGCUCUGGAUCUGGAUCUGGCUCUACGGGAUCGAAAAAUCCGUGAGUACAGACAACACCCUACUAUACUUGAUACUGACCAUAUCUGUAGAUUCAACCAACAACUUGCGCAGAAAUACUCAUCUUCCUCUCCCGGCGGUCUCGAAGGCUCCUACGGCUACCAGGUCCCCGACGCAGUCAUCAAGGUCGUCGGCGGCGACAAGACCGGUGGCGCAACUCUCACCACACCUGUCAACACAGCCACCGCCGGCCCUCUCGCCACGGGCAAGCCCGUCACCUACACCGUCACGAAUGCCGAUGGCUCCACGACAACGUCCACCUCUGGUCCGAACAGCAGCAACGGCUCUAGCGGCGGUGGUAGCGGCACCAAUGUCGGGGCGAUUGUCGCUGGAUGCGUUGCGGGAUUCUUCUUCAUCGUGGCUUGCUACCUCGCUUUCUGCGCCUGGGUCUAUAGGAAACAGCUCCAACUUUACAAGCGCCACGCCGAACUGGCACAGGCACAAGCGAGAGGAGAGAAAGUGCCCGCGAUCCCCGGCCUGCUGCCAUCUGAUAAUGCCGCCUCCUCUCGGAACACCCCUUCCCACCCGAGUUCCAGUCAAGGCGCCGGCUUUGGCCCCUGGGCUGCGAUUAACAGCGAGAACGCUAGCUUUCACUCACGAGGUGAGAGUGGCGGCGGCGGCGGAGGCUCGACAGGCUUGCUAGGCGCUGCCGGUGCGGGUACCGCUGUCGGCGGCGCGGGAUAUUCCAGCCUGAGACGGGGCAGCGAGGGGAGCGAUGCGCAGGAUGAGGAUUUGCUGGGUGGGAGAGAGCCGACGUUUAUCGGGGUCAUGUUGAAUCCGAGGAAGAGUUUGAGGGUUGUCAAUCAGGACUGA